GAUAUUUGUGUGAAGGAAACGCAGUUACUUUAUCAUAUUUUGGUCAGCAGUGUGAAUUUCAAGUAAAAUGCCUGAAGGCAAUGGUGAAGCAACUCUGUCUUGUUGAAGUGAUACCUGUCAAUCAGCCUGACUUGUCGUUAUCUGACAGCAUAGCCAGUCUCAACUUAUCCGACAUUUCAUUUAGUGAGUCGAAGGAUGAAUCCAGUCAGUCUGACUCUACCUGCUCCAGCAUGAACCAAUCAGUGUCAACGCCCAAAACACCUGACAGUAAAACCAGUACAGUGGAAGUCACCAGUCCGCGAGCAUUUCAAACUCCAGUCAUCCAUAGACACAGAAAAUCAAGGAAAUGUGAAAAGUUUUGUAAAGUUGUGUCGUCUACGAAGGUGACAGUGGUGGAUGCUAAUGUUAAAGAGGACGCUGAUGUCGUACGCAAUGCUGGAGUCAUGUUGGAUGAUGUUGGAGGUUUGUCCGAGCAAGUGAAGCAGAUAACAGAGAUGGUGCAGAUUCCCCUCACCAACCCGGAGCUGUUCAAGUCUUAUGGCCUUGUCCCUCCCAGGGGAGUGUUGAUCCAUGGGCCGUCCGGCACAGGGAAGACCCUUCUAGCACGAGCUGUGGCCGCUAGUCUCAACAUCAACGUCCUGCAUGUGACAGGUCCGCAGAUCUGGAGCAAAUUCUUUGGAGAAACAGAAAGUAAGCUGAGGAAUAUUUUCAAGUCUGCCCAAGAGAUGGCUCCGAGCAUCAUUGUAAUAGACGAACUCGAUGCACUGUGCCCCAAGAGAGACAACUCUAACAGUGAUCUUGAGAAGCGGGUGGUGGCCAGCCUGCUGACUCUCAUGGAUGGCAUCGAUGUAUGUACUCGAAUUGACAAGAUGGUGGUUGUGCUUGGGGUGACCAGUAAACCGGACGCUUUGGAUGCUGCGCUGAGACGUCCGGGUCGGUUUGACCGGGAGGUGGAGGUAGGGGUCCCCACUGCCAAACAGAGGCUGGAGAUACUUGAGAAGCUGUUGAAGAAGACCCCAAACACGCUGACCACUGAGGAGCUGGCAGAUGUUGCUGAUGCUGCUCAUGGCUUUGUAGGGGCUGACCUGGCAGCAAUUUGUAAAGAAGCUGGCCUGCAUGCUGUGAAGAGGAAGAUACACACUGGGAAUAAGCAGCUGUUGGUAUGCAGGGAGGACGUGGUGUAUGCCUUGUCAACUGUUCAGCCUAGUGCCAUGAGGGAGGUGCAGCUGGAGGUGCCGAAGGUCCUGUGGUCGGACAUCGGUGGUCAGGCUGAGCUGAAACUAAAACUGAAACAGGCAAUAGAGUGGCCCCUAAAACACCCUGAGUCUUUUAAGAGGCUCGGCAUUAACCCUCCCAAAGGCCUGCUCAUGUAUGGACCUCCAGGAUGCUCUAAGACUAUGAUAGCUAAAGCCCUGGCUACAGAGAGUGGCCUCAACUUUAUAGCUGUCAAGGGCCCUGAGUUGUUCAGCAAGUGGGUAGGGGAGUCUGAGCGCGCGGUGAGGGAAGUGUUCAGGAAGGCUCGCUGCUGCUGCUCCGCUGUGAUCUUCUUUGAUGAGAUAGAUGCACUGGCUGUAGAGAGAGGGAGUUCUUCUGGAGGCAGUAACGUGGCAGACCGUGUACUUGCGCAGUUGCUGACGGAGAUCGACGGAGUUGAGAAGCUACAGGAUGUCACCAUUGUUGCUGCCACCAACAGACCGGACAUGAUAGACCAGGCCCUACUGCGUCCUGGGAGAAUUGAUCGGAUCCUAUAUGUUCCCUUGCCCUCACCAGACACACGGAAGGAAAUAUUUCAGCUGCAUCUGAAGCGGAUGCCUGUUGAUGUUGAUGUCAGUGUGGAUGAUCUGGUUGAGGAGACUGACAAAUACUCAGGGGCUGAGGUGUCGGCAGUAUGUCACGAGGCAGCACUGUUUGCUCUACAGGAAGAUAUCCACAUCUGUGUCGUCGCACACAGACAUUUCACGGAGGCUCUGACCACAGUGAAGCCUCGUAUCAGUCACCAGAAACUUCUGUUUUAUGAGACAUACAGCAAACAGAGCGGG